AUGUUCACAAGAACAGCCAAACAAUCAAAAGCUGCUACGAUGGCGUCAUUUAAAAUAUCUCAUAUAUUGGCGAAACACAAGAAACCAUUCGAAGAUGGAUCGGUGGUGAAGGAAGCAUUUAUUGAAGCGGGUGAGACUUUAUUUGGAGAUUUUAAAAAUAAAACAGAAAUCAUGUCUGCUAUUAGAGAACUUCAGUUAUCUCGCCCGACUGUCACAAGGCGUAUUGAAGUCAUGAGUCAGGACAUCGCAGAUAAACUAAAACAUGAUAUCAUGGAAUGUACAUACUUUUCUUUACAGUUCGGCGAAUCCACCGAUAUGACAGACACUGCCCAGCUGUUGUGCAUUACAACCGAUGGAGCACCAGCAAUGACUGGAAACAAAAACGGUUUUGUGGCAUUGUGUCGAGCUAAUGAAGAAUUCCCUUCAUUUUUUUCAUUCCAUUGCAUUAUACAUCAACAAAUUUUGUGGUUUCAAGAAUUAUUGCCCGAAAUAACAGCUUUUCUAGACGAAAGAGGUGAUGACACUCAGAUUUUGAAAAACGAAAAAUGGCUGACUGAUUUGGCAUUUUUGACUGACAUCACAAUGCACUUAAACAUCGUUAACUUGGAGCUUCAAGGUAAAGGAAAAACUAUUAUUGAGAUGAUUAGCGCAGUAAACGCAUUCAAAAGUAAAUUGCAACUUAUGAUAGAUCAACUGAAAAGAAAGGAUCUGAAACAUUUUCCGUCUUUGAAAGCAAGGAUUCCUCAGUUUAAUUAUGAUACGUAUGAGGCUGAAAUAUCAAAUAUUUUGGGACAAUUCGAAAUGCGUUUUUAUGAUUGCAGAAAUUGGAAAAUAUAG